GUUGGUUGCUUAAACAUGCAGAUGAUUCGCAAAUCAGUUUUUACUUUGUACUUGUUGUUAAAUUUGUUUUUAUUUAUAAGGGCAGAUAAUCAAGACACGGCAACCCGAAUUCUGCAACAUUUCGACGUCGUUUCCACGAGUCAAAGACCGUCUGACUCCCUUAAAAUCGACCAAGCUCUAACCAAACAACUGGAAAUUUUUCAAGAAAAUCUCACCACUAAACUAAAAGCUUUAGAAGCUACGAAUUUGAAACAGUUAGACGAGUUAACGCAUCGUGUGGAAGCUCUAGAAGCCGCUAAAACGUCAACACAACAAGUCGUACACCGUCUAGAAGCUCUCGAGUUUGAAAAUAAUCGCCUAAAAUUUUCCGAAUUGACGAAGACCGCACAAUUGGACCAGUUAACACGUCGUCUAAAGGCGCUUGAAAAUAAAAAUUCAAAUCUUCCACGUAAUUGUAGAGAAAUUAAAGAGAGGGGUUACGAUAUUUCUACCACUUACCUAAUAAAACCAGACUUUGCCCCUAAUGCCAUAAAAGUCCUAUGUGACUUGGAAAAGAGGGGCGGUGGAUGGACGUACAUUCUUAAUAGGUUUGAUGGAUCGCAAAGCUUUGGCUUUGAUUUGGAAGAAUAUAAAAAAGGGUUUGGUAAUCUUUCUGGUGAAUUUUGGCUGGGGCUGGAUAACAUUCACUAUUUGACUGGUUAUAAAAAUAACGAGUUGUUGGUGGAACUAGAAGAUUGGAAGAACAGGUCAAUGUUCGCCCAUUAUGGUCGUUUCAGUGUGGGCAGUGAAGAUGAAGAUUACGUAAUGACUGCGAAGGAAUAUAGCGGUACGGCUACAAACGGCAUGAUUUACAGUGACAAUAUGAAAUUUAGUACAAAAACGAAAGAUCGGGAUUUGAUGCCUUCAGAAAAUUGUGCAGAAUAUUUGGACGCAAGUUGGUGGUUCCGCGACUGCACUAGGUGUCUUCUCACGGGAAAGUACUCGAAAGGAGAACGUUCUUUUUAUGAGGAAAGGCAAAGUAUGUUCUGGAGCACAAACACGGAAACUUAUAUUCUCAAGAAAGCCAAAAUGAUGGUUAGGCCUAGACUUAAAUGAAAUAAGAAUUAAAUUUGUUAUUUCUGUUGUUUAGCACCCAAUAAAAUUCUCUUAAUUUCAUAAA